GUGAUGGCUCCUCCGGAACUGAUUGGUUACUGGUUUGUCCCGCCCUUACGCGUGCGCACUGUUAGUGCAGAGGCACGCCAUGGAGGACCAAGAUACGCUGGGUUUUGAACACAUGGGGCUGGAUCCCCGCCUCCUGCAGGCUGUCGCCGACUUGGGCUGGUCACAACCUACGCUGAUCCAGGAAAAGGCUAUACCUCUGGCCCUGGAGGGGAAGGACCUACUGGCCCGCGCCCGCACAGGCUCCGGGAAGACGGCAGCUUACGCUAUUCCUAUGCUGCAGUUGCUUCUUCACAAGAAAGCGACAGGUCCUGUAAUGGAACAAGCUGUGAGAGGCCUUGUCCUCGUUCCUACUAAGGAGCUGGCACGGCAGGCUCAGUCCAUGAUGCAGCAGCUGGCAGCCUACUGUGCGCGAGAUGUUAGAGUGGCUAACGUCUCAGCCGCUGAAGACUCGGCUUCUCAGAGAGCUAUGUUGAUGGAGAAGCCUGAUGUGGUGGUGGGGACCCCAUCCCGAAUAUUAAACCACUUGAAGCAGGACAACUUGAAGCUCCGUGACUCCUUGGAGCUGCUGGUGGUAGACGAAGCUGACCUUCUCUUUUCUUUUGGCUUUGAGGAUGAACUCAAGAGUCUUCUUUGUCACUUGCCUCGGAUUUACCAGGCCUUUCUCAUGUCAGCCACUUUCAACGAGGACGUUCAAGCUCUGAAGGAGCUGGUACUACAUAACCCGGUUACCCUCAAGUUACAAGAGUCCCAGCUGCCGGGGCCAGACCAGCUGCAGCAGUUUCAGGUGGUCUGUGAGACUGAAGAAGACAAAUUCUUGCUCGUGUAUGCCUUGCUCAAGCUGUCACUAAUUCGGGGCAAAGCCUUGCUCUUUGUCAACACUCUAGAGAGGGGUUACCGCCUCCGUCUUUUCCUGGAACAGUUCAGCAUCCCCUCCUGCGUGCUCAAUGGAGAACUCCCGCUGCGCUCCAGGUGCCACAUUAUCUCACAGUUCAACCAAGGCUUCUAUGAUUGUGUCAUAGCAACCGAUGCUGAGAUCCUGGGACCGCCAGUUAAAGGCAAGCGGCGAGGCCGAGGCUCCAAAGGAGACAAGGCUGCUGAUCCGGAGUCAGGUGUGGCCCGGGGCAUAGACUUCCACCACGUGUCUGCUGUGCUCAACUUUGACCUUCCUCCCACUCCAGAAGCCUACAUUCAUCGAGCUGGCAGGACAGCUCGAGCCAACAACCCAGGCAUAGUUCUGACCUUUGUGUUGCCCACAGAACAGUCUUGCUUGGCACAGAUCGAGGCACUUCUCAGUGGAGAGGGCGAGGCUCCUAUCCUGCUUCCCUACCAGUUCCGGAUGGAGGAGAUUGAAAGCUUUCGCUAUCGCUGCAGGGAUGCUAUGCGCUCAGUGACUAAACAGGCCAUCCGAGAGGCAAGAUUGAAGGAGAUCAAGGAGGAGCUUCUACACUCAGAGAAGCUCAAGACAUACUUUGAAGACAAUCCCAGGGACCUGCAGCUGCUGCGCCAUGAUCUGCCCUUGCACCCUGCCGUGGUAAAGCCUCAUCUGGGCAAUGUCCCUGACUACUUGGUUCCUGCCGCUCUUCGUGACAUUGUACAUCCUCGAAAGAAACGGAGAAAGCUGCCCUCCUGUAGGAAGGUUAAGAAGGUGAAAACCCAGAACCCACUGCGUGACUUCAAGCACAGGGGAAAGAGACUGAAAGCCACAGCGAAGCCCUCCUGAGGUGGCCUGGACCUGACGAUGCUGAAUUGGGCAUCCUGACCUGGAUGGAGUGAGUGGGCUUCCCACUCUGAUGCUCACUGUCUGGAAAGACUGUACUUGGAUCGCUGUCCUGCCGCUUAACAGAAUAAAGAUUCCAGCUGCCCCUGGCAGUGA